GAGUUUGACGGCACAACUACUCUGACCUUUGCUUCUUUCAAAAGAAAAAUUUUCUCUUUGAUUUGGCCUCAGCUUUGCAAGAACAAGAGGAGCAAAAGGAACAGAAAUGAAAGGGGAUUAUUGUUUGGUGCUCAUGCGACCUUCGAUAUUGUCGGUAGUUUUCUCAGUUUUUCUGUGGUUCAUUCCAGGGUUGGCAGAUGUCUCAGCGCCAGCAAAUUCCGGAACAGAAUCUCCAAACCAUUCAUCCAAGAAGUCCACCGCGCUGGUUGUCCUUGGCGUGUGCCUCGGGGUGUUAUCCCUCGUUGGAGGGGCAGUGAUCGUCUUCAAGUUUUGGCAGAGGAAGAGGAGAGAAGAACAGCACGCCCGCCUGCUAAAGCUCUUUGAAGAAGACGAUGAUCUUAACGUUGAGCUGGGAAUCUGAGGUUGAACUUUCCUCGUCCAUAGCAUAAUUAUGCCUCGCCAAGAUUUGUUAUUCUUUUUCUUCUUCUUUAUGUGCAUUUUAGCUGCCUCUGAGGUUUACAGAUCUGCAUUUACAAGUCUUGUGGUUGUGCAUAGAUGAAUAGCAGUAUAUGUAAGAGUUUGCAGACAUUUCUUUUUCAAGGUUAUCGAAAUACUUUUUAGAAUUUUAUGCUUUACGUUUCUCGUUUGUAAGAUGUACAGUAAGACCGAGUAGAUAUACAAUAUAUAAACAUAAAUGUCUAGUCCAACUAUCUGCUUAAACUUUUAGUUGAGACGAAACAUAUCAUUCAGUUUGUUGUUUGGCAUUGCCAUUGAAAUUUUGGAAACAUGUGUGCGUUUUGUUC